GCCCAGUUUGUUUUGACGUCUCCUGGAGAAAGGAAGUGGCUUGCAGCAGUUGACAUUCGUAGUACGUUUGAGCGACCGGACAUGGUUGGAGUUGUUCCGCGGAAGCAACAACAGCAAUGAAAACGAAUUUGUAGCCACACUAUGUUGCGCUGGCCUGUAGCCUUUGAAUAUCUCAGCAACUGUGUUGCAAGUGAAUGUAGCAGACUAGGAAGUAGGAACGUGGGCCUGAAGAAAAUGCCGUCCUCCUGGCUAAUGUACAUAUUUUUAUAUGUCUUGGUCUGUGAUGGAGUUGUAGCACAAGUGGAAAAUCGGGUGGUUUUUCUGUUCAACACCUUUCAGAACGUGAAUGUGAAUGAGAACGAGACAGUGCAGGCAGUGGUCUCCAGAAUCCCCCCUGAAGUGGCCUUUAUCACCCUCCAGUUCCAUACACAGCACAGCAAUGCUACGCUGUCCUACACCAGGAUGCCAGGGCUGGGCCUCUCUCUAACAGCGGUGGACUCAGGCCUUCUCUCACCCCUGAUCCCCGGUCAGACCAAGUUCUCCUGGUUCCUGCUGGCCCCUGAUGGCAACUCUGUGGCCGGCACUGGGGUCAUCCUCCCCUACACCAGCUCUGACCCAGUCCCUGGAGCUUGUAAUCUGGAGUUUGACCUGGACAUUGACCCAAAUGUCUACCUCCACUACAACAUUUUUGAGACUACUAUCCGCUUUGCACCUGCAAAUAUUGGCUAUUCAAGGGGCUCCAAUCCGCCCGCCUGUGACACUGAAGUAGGUGAAAACACUCGAUGGCGCCUGAGGUAUGAUAUCUACCAGUACUUCCUGCCUGAGAGCGACCUAUCAGAGCAGAGCCUCAUCACCAGCAUCCAGAGUGUGGCCAAUGUGCAGACCAUGAGAGAGCAUGGGAAAAGGAUCAUGACACUAUCAUCCAAUGACAAGACAGAGGUAGUGUUUAGCUCCAUCCCGGGCCAGGGUGUCAUCUACUCUGUCAUAGUCAGAGACCCAGUGCUUAACACCUCUUCCUCGUAUAUCCCUGUCCAUACCUAUGCCUGCAGCUUCUCCUCCACCCUGGAUGGCUGCGACACUCUGGGGAAGAUAUCCACAAGGAUCUUCUUCACCAUCGCUGGUUUAGCUGGCCUCUUCGUGUGCUUCUUUGGGCACCGCUUUUUCAAAUGUGAGCUAUUCUGUAUGGGCUUUGGCUUUGCAGCGUUUCUUUUUUUUGUCCUGAUCACAAGAACUACAAAGCUGGACUAUGACAUCCGUCUGACGCUGACAGCAGUGAUUGGCGUAGUGGGGGGAGUUAUCCUGGUGAUGAGCUGGUGGCGCUUUGGCUCAGUUAUGUCCUGUGUCGUCGUCGUCGGUCUCAUGCUGGGGUUCCUCAUCUCCUCCAUUGUCUUCUUCACGCCUGUCGGUGACAUACAGGUGUUCCGUUCAAAUGUGGUGUUCUGGGUGACGUUCAGCUGCAUCGUGGUGGGGGUACCGCUCUUCUUUGUCCGCUGGCCAAGAGAGGGUAACAUCACUACGUGUGGUGUAGCUGGAGCCUAUGCUGUGGUGCUGGCUGUGAAUGCUUACAUAUAUACCAGCCUCUCCUACAUCACCCUUAACAUUCUCAAACGCUUCCUCAACGACAACUUCAGCAAGGCCUUUACUGAUGUGCCUUUCCAGGACAUUGAUUUCAUCAUGAUCACAGUGUGGGUGGUUCUGGGUGUGUCUGGUAUCGUGCUACAGCUCUACCGGGAACGCACACGGCCCUUCUUCCCCCCCAGCCCUUAUCUCAUGUGGCUGCAAGAGCGGGAGCGCCGCAAGACCAACGUUCUGGACCCAAGCCACCACACGUCCUCACUCCCGUCCCGUCUCCUCGCCCGUGCCCGACAGCUGACUGGCAGGAGAGAGUCGGCUGGCGAGUGCACACCCCUCCUCCUUUAAACCCACCCAUUUUACCCAGCAAGGUAGACUGAUUCACCCCACUAGGAGGUUGCUAUGGGGCAUGGGCUCUCUAUCUACAGGGGAAGCACCAUUGCGUUUGGAGUCUUUCCAUUCCAGAUUAUGGAUGUUUUCAUUCCUUUGAUGAUGGUAACAGUCCAUUAAGGUAGUGUUUAUAUGCCUGGGGAAGAACUUUGCCACAAAGUGCACACAGAAUUUUCAAAGCAUUAUUUUCGAGCAUGAUUUGUUUCACUUCCUCAGUCUUAUGGUAUUUGGCUGCAUGUUCUUAGACGGUACUGAGGAAGUUGUUACCGCUGCCACUUAAUAUUGUGCCAAAAUAGUUGGGCACCAUCUCUCCUAGUACAUCACAGUGCCUUUUAAACAACUAGGGUUACAGCAUACCGGUAUGGGCAACUUAUGUGUUUUAAUACCACUGAAAAGCACAAGAAAACAUUUGGAACAGUAAGAUGCAGACAGUCUUUUUGAGAUGGCUUUGACAGCAACAUUUGGUAGGUAGGUAGGUAGGUAGGUAUUCAUUUUAGUGUAAAAGUAAGUAUACUUUGUUUAUCUUAAUACCAGUUCUGGGUAUUCCCAUUUUGGCUCCAAUGGCUGUAAAUUGUUUUUAAUGUUUUGUCAACAUUUUCGUUGGCAAACUGUCACUUUUACACCAUGUUUUGUAAAACUGUGUAUUUAGAGGCCACUAUUUUUCUUUUUCUUUUUACAAAUAUGAACAAUUACAUUUUUAAGAAAUAUGAGUUUGGUUUAUAUUGAAAUAUGCAUGUGUUUUGGGGACCCUUUUUGCGAAACGUAGUUGUUAAAUCGAACACUUAGUGGUAUGGGUGGGAACUUGCAGCCUAAAAUGUAUCCUCUCUUGAUUUCAUGGACAUGUUUGAUAGCACUCUAAAAUCAUAAACCACAAGUGGCAGGUGUAGGUGGAUCCUGAACACUGAUAUUAUAGGAAAUGGUGAUAUUGCCAAGCCCUUCAGGAUUUCCUGAAGUGUUGAGCAGUUGCAGGAAGAGCAAACGACAAGUGCCACAGCCUCUAUUGCUCUGUCAGCUGGCCUAACGCUUCCUUAAAGUGGGCCUGCUGUUUAUGUUCUCUAUUGCCCGCCUUUGUUUGGUAAAGCAUUUUCAGUGUUUCCCCUAUGACUUUUUUUUAGCAGUGGUGCAAGGGUAGCUGGGUGGGUGCAUUGCUAGUAUUGUAAGCACAAUGUCCUGCCAGCUGUUCCCAUAGACCUCCAAUCAUUGAGCCAACGACUAUCCCUUUAAAAGCGCGUCUUGUGGGCCACCGCUGCUAAAUGAACCGAGGGGAAACACUGAUUUUAAGGUAGUCCAAUAUGUGUUUUGUGGGACUUUUUCUUUAGGUUCUUUCUCUCUCAUUACCCACCCAGUAUGUGAUUUGGUAUGAAAAUCUGGCUUAUUGAGGCAUUCAUGAUGCGUACAGGAGUUUGCCUGCAGUCACAUGACAUGGUUUAUUAAUGCAUUCCAUGACCAAUGUCAGUUUUUCCUCAAUGUUCAGUAAUAUUGAAACUUAAGUGGAUAAUUUAAGAGGUUAUUUUACCUCUUGUGCAAAACAACAAGGUAUCCUCAGAUGCAGUGUAAUAUCCCACCAGUGAUUUUGUAAAUCCUCGCCAUUUGCACACGACAGGAUGUUGAAUUAAAAUUUGAUAGGGAAUUUAUUGAUCUUUCAUGAUUAGCAUUACAAUGUCAAGGAUGGGAAAGACUGAAAUGCAGGUAGAAAUGGCCAUUUCUACUUUUCUCAGUUUCCAAACCAAAACACACAGGGGUGUGAGGAGGCCGACAUAGUAAAAUUAUAGCCAUACUGUUGAAAUUCCACACUAGGAAAUGCUUCUAUGCACUAAGAUUACUCAUGAAGCUUUCUUGAAAGUCAAGGUUGCCUUUCAGUAUUUUUCACUACAGCUCUUAGCUACUUACCUUUUCAUGUGCCAUGUCUUGUUUUAAAAUGGGCUGUUUGUCUAUAGUGUUUGUUUUGUUGUGUGAGAAAUGUGAUAAAUUGUUUGUCCUAAAAAUCA